CUGGGCGUAAGAUGGUGCACGAGCUCUGAAGGUCGCGCGUUUAUUUUUUUUGUACAUUAUCCGGUUUGGUUUUUCAUGAAAUUCUGUUGUUUAUUUUCGCGUAUUUUGGGUAUCUACUUUGCCUAAAUGUAGGACGUGUGAUAUUUUUUUUUAGACUACACUUUCCCCAUCUCUGGAUUUACAUUCAGCCGGAGAGAGUGGAGGUAUCCAUCUUAGCUUCGUUUAGCUUAGCUAGCUAGCUAGCUGGCUAACUCGUUACUCACUUCAGCAGCGAAUUAUCAAGGUGGAGAAUUGAAUGGACGCACCAGACCUGUUGGUGGUUUUCUGUCUGUGAUCACCUGGUGAGACCUUAGUGAAGAAGCUCUGAGCCGAGCAGGGUCAGGAUGUCAAUCACCAACACCCCGACCAGCAACGAUGCCUGCCUGAGCAUCGUGCACAGCUUGAUGUGCCACAGGCAGGGUGGCGAGAGCGAGACUUUCGCCAAACGAGCCAUUGAGAGCCUGGUGAAAAAGCUGAAAGAGAAGAAGGAUGAGCUUGACUCACUCAUCACGGCUAUCACUACCAACGGCGCUCAUCCCAGUAAGUGUGUGACCAUCCAGCGCACUCUGGACGGCCGGCUUCAGGUGGCCGGACGUAAAGGUUUCCCUCACGUGAUCUACGCCCGCCUGUGGCGGUGGCCCGAUCUCCACAAGAAUGAGUUGAAGCACGUCAAAUACUGUCAGUUUGCUUUCGACCUGAAGUGUGACAGCGUCUGCGUGAACCCUUACCACUACGAAAGGGUGGUUUCACCAGACCUGUCUGGACUGACGCUGACUGGUUCAGGUUCCUCUGGCCUCAUGGUCAAAGACGAGUAUGAAUAUGAUUGCUCAUCAUCCAUACCCAGUUCUGAGGGCCACAUCCAGACCAUCCAGCACCCUCCUACGAGACCAAUGCCAGAGCCGGCCUUCAGCAGUCCUGCCCUACUCCCUCCUGCUGAAGGUAGCAGCUCAGCCUCCACCUCUGCCUUCUCCAGUAUCCCAGUGGGAUCCUCAACUCAGCCCAGUAUUCUCUCAGGGAGCCGUAGCAACGAGGGGCUGCUACAUAUUGCCUCUGGGACAGGGCAGGGGACUCAGCAGAAUGGUUUUCCCCCUGGCAACUCUUCCACUUACCAUCACAAUGCAACCUCCACUUGGACACGAAGCAGCACUUUUACUCCUAGUGUGCCUCCUCAACAAAAUGGCCAUAUACAACAUCAUCCACCCAUGCACCAUCCAGGACACUAUUGGCCUGUACACAAUGAAAUAGCAUUUCAGCCACCUAUUUCAAAUCACCCAGCUCCUGACUACUGGUGUUCCAUUGCCUACUUUGAGAUGGAUGUACAGGUUGGUGAGACUUUUAAGGUUCCCUCAAACUGCCCCAUUGUGACUGUGGAUGGCUAUGUGGACCCAUCAGGUGGAGAUCGUUUUUGUCUGGGCCAGCUAAGCAACGUGCACAGAACUGAGGCAAUAGAAAGAGCAAGGCUGCAUAUUGGUAAGGGCGUUCAGCUGGAAUGUAAAGGUGAGGGUGAUGUAUGGGUGCGAUGCCUCAGUGACCACGCCGUCUUCGUGCAGAGCUACUACUUAGAUCGAGAGGCUGGCCGUGCACCUGGAGACGCCGUGCAUAAGAUCUACCCAAGUGCAUACAUCAAGGUGUUUGACCUGCGUCAGUGCCACCGGCAGAUGCAGCAGCAGGCAGCUACAGCUCAGGCAGCAGCUGCAGCUCAGGCAGCAGCAGUGGCUGGAAACAUCCCUGGACCGGGAUCUGUGGGUGGCAUUGCCCCAGCGAUUAGUCUGUCCGCUGCUGCUGGAAUUGGGGUAGAUGAUCUGCGCAGGCUGUGCAUCCUGCGCAUGAGCUUCGUGAAAGGCUGGGGUCCUGAUUACCCAAGGCAAAGCAUUAAGGAGACGCCAUGCUGGAUUGAGAUCCACCUGCACCGGGCUCUGCAGCUGCUAGACGAGGUGCUGCACACCAUGCCCAUAGCUGACCCACAGCCGCUGGACUGAACACAACAUCUCUCUCUCUCUCUCUCUCUCUCUCUCUCUCUCUCCUGGUUAGAGCCAGGCGCUGAUCUGAGUGAGGUUUUGUUUUUCCACAAUCAGGUAACUAAUGCCGAUGAACUGUGCGACAGUGUGGAUGAGUUCAAAGCUGACCUUCAGCCUCUUGUUAAACAAAAGGCGAGAUCAAGGAUGUUGACGCAACAAAAAUUUGACAUUGUAAUAAUAGGGUAAUAACAAUGGACUGAUGCGCCAUGAUUGAACACCUUUUUGUUGCUGGUGUAAAAGCUGUAUUGACAAACGAGGAAUCAAAUUGUGAGCACUAUGUGAGAAAACUGUUUACGCUUUUAUGUGCAGAUAUUAUUAACCCAGGAAGUGCAUAAUGGACAUAAUUACUUCUUUAUAUAGACUAAAGUUGUUUUUCCAAAACUGAUGGAUGUAGUUUUCACAGUCUGAAACCCAUAAAGAUGUUCAGGGACAUUUUAUGCAUGUCUGCGCUACCAAAAACUAAUCACUGCUUUACAGGGGAAUGUUUAACGAAUUACAUUUAUGCCAUUUUGGUCCAUGACGUUAUCGACCUGUGUAUUAAUAGAGUGCAGGAAUUAAGCCUUUCAGAUUAACUUUAAAACCACUUCCCUUCCUCCACAAGACCAACCUUUUCUGUUAAAAGCAUGUCUGCUUCCAAAUUCAUGAUUUAGAAAGGAAAAGGGACUGAAUUCUGAGUAGCCUUAUAUCAGCAGGGAUUUAACUUUUUGCUAGAAAUUUUUAAGCAGAAAUCUAAAAUUAACAAACUAGCCCAAUUACUGUAAUGAGUAGCAAUUUUGAAAAAUAUUUACAGUUCCACAGCUAACUACUGUUUCAAAAAUGUAGCCAUUAAUUAGAUUAUUAAUUCUUGUUUCUUAUUCCUUUUGAAAGGCAGUAAAGCAAUUGAAACUAGUUUCUCCUAAUAAUUUUAUACAGCAUGUAACACUUUAUACUACAGGUAAAGAGUUAGGAAACUUGAGGGUAAGUGAUAAACACACACGUUGCAAUAUACAGCAGGGCCACUUUAGAGUUUAGCUUUGAAUGGCCACAAUUUUUUCAUUAUUCAUUAAUAGAGCACUUUAUUGAGGUUUUUUUUUUUUUUGGUUGGUUGGUUUUUUUCCCCCCUUCCUAAGUUUCUACUUUAACAUUUAGCACAACCAUGCUAUAUCCAUCUGUGACACAUUUAACAUAUUGUUGAGAAAUUUUAAACUACCAUUUGGGUUCACUUACACCUUGAGUACACAAUGUUGGCAGAUCUUUUAAAAAUGAAUUCCUAUAAUGAUGUGCUUUGUAUGUAUAAUUGCAUGUGGAAAGGGCUUUUGGUGAUUUUCACUUCAAGCAAACUUGGAAUUGAAAUAAGCCUCAAGAUACCUCUCUCUCUCUCUCUCUCUCUCUCACACCAAACUUAUCAUUUUGUACCUUAUUAAAUUGCUCUACUUCCCCAUGAA